UCAAACAGUGACAGUUUACCCAGCUUUGAAAUCUCUCUGUGUUAAUAUCUAUGUGUUAAUCUACAGGAUAUGUGAUUGUUUGCAAAUAAGCAAGCCACUCUCUUAUUGUAAUAAACAGCCUUUUGAAUUCUGACCAUAAUGGCCUUAACAAAGAUGAAGCAUCCGAAUUUGAACCUAAAGAAGAAUGAAAGAAUUGGCGUUGACUACAUAAAGGGGAUUCUUCAACCUACACCCACUUGUGAUUCCUGGGAUGAAAUCUGGAACUUUCAAGCCAAGCCAGAUGAUCUACUUAUUUCAACCUAUCCCAAAGCAGGAACAACAUGGACCCAGGAGAUAGUAGACAUGAUACAAAAUGAUGGUAAUAUCGAGAAAUGUAAACGUGCCCCUACUCACCUUCGGUUUCCUUUCAUUGAAUUUAAAAUUCCAUCACUAAAAUCAGGUGUGGAUCAAGCUAAUGCAAUGCCAUCACCACGCAAACUGAAAACUCAUCUUCCCAUCCAGCUAUUACCACCAUCCUUCUUGGAGAAGGGUUGCAAGAUAAUCUAUGUGGCAAGAAAUGCUAAGGACAACUUGGUGUCCUAUUACCAUUUCCAAAAGAUGAACGCAGCACUUCCUGAUCCAGGAACCUGGGAGGAGUAUUUUGAAGAUUUCCUGAAUGGAAAAGUGUGCUGGGGUUCCUGGUAUGAUCAUGUGAAAGGAUGGUGGGAAGCAAAAGACAAAUAUCCCAUUCUCUACCUCUUUUACGAGGACAUGAAAGAGUACCCAAAGCGUGAAAUUCAAAAGAUAAUGGAAUUCAUGGGGAAGAACUCAGAUGAAGAUGUUUUAAAUAAAAUCAUCUAUCAUACCUCUUUUGAUAUAAUGAAAAAGAAUCCAAUGGCAAACUAUACAACAAUUCCUGGUGACAUUAUGGACCACUCUGUUUCCCCAUUCAUGAGAAAAGGGUGUGUUGGAGACUGGAAGAACUACUUCACUGUGGCCCAAAAUGAGAGAUUUGAUGAAGAUUACAAGAAGAAAAUGAUGGGUACCACUCUGACUUUCCGCUCUAACUGCUAAGCAGAAAUCAGAUAGAAAAUUCAUUUAUGAAGGCUUUAUCCACAAAUAUUAUUGGAUUCUCCCACCAUUCAUAAUACCAUGUAUCUCAGCAUUGUUUUAAGAUAUUUGUAAAGGGCUUUGCAAAAUCUUAAAGUAAAUGCUAGCUAUUAUCAUUAGAUUUAGUCUUCAGUAUUCUGCUAAAUAGAGGGAUUAGGAGUAUUUUCUUUUCAUUUAUUCCCUUCUCAAUUAGGUGGUCAUAGAUUUAAUAUCAUAUGUCCAAAACAGAACUCAUUAUCUUUCCCCCUAAACCUUUCCCCUUCCUACCUUCCCAAUUACUGUAGAGAUAAAAAUCAUCUUCUCAGUUUCUCAGACUCACAACCCAAAAGUCACCCUGGAUUCCUCACUAUCUCUAACCCCCACAAUAUCCAAGCUGUUGCCAAGGUCUGCCAACUUCACCUUUGCAGCAUCUCUCAAAUACACCCCCUUCUCUCUAACACUGCUACCACUCCAGGUCAUACUUUCAUUGCUUUAUCUCUGAACUAUUGCAACAGGCUGCUAAUGGGUCUGCUUCCCUCCAGUCCAUUCAUUCUCUAUUCAGCCACUAAAAUGAUUUUCCUGAAAUGCAGGUCAGAUCAUAUCACUCCCCCUAUUCAAUAAACUCCAGAGGCUCCUGUUUCUUCCAGGAGAAAAUACAAAAUGCUCUAUUUAGCAUUCAAAGCCCUCCAAAACAUAGUCUCCUGUUUCCACUUCAGUCUUCUUAAACUGUACUCACUAAUUUAUGCUCUUCAAUCCAAUGACACUGAUGUCCUGGCUGUUCUAUGAAUGAAACAUUUUUCUCUGGGUAUCCACCAUGCUAAGUGUGCUCUUCCUACCCCAGUCUUACUCCCUGGAUUCCUAAAG